GCUAGACAUGGGAUGUUUCUCGUGCGCAAGAUUCUCUCACAAGAAGCAAAACAAAAAGAAAAAAUUGGCCAUCAAGGACAGAGAUGAUGGUCAUGCACGAACCCCGUCUGAUGGCAGCUUGAGUCCUAGCUCUGAUGCGGGGAGCGAUAUCUUUGAAGCGAGGAACUUCGCCUUCGCUGACUUAGUUGCUGCAACAGAGAAUUUCAGGGAUGGAAAUUUUGUCGGUGAGGGAGGAUUUGGACCGGUCUAUAAAGGUCGUUUACCCGGUGGCAAGAUUGUGGCUAUUAAGCAACUUGAUCGCAAUGGCACUCAAGGAAUUAGGGAAUUCGUGGCCGAAGUUUUAACACUAAGUAAUGCAGAUCACUCUAAUCUUGUCAAACUAAUAGGCUAUUGUGCCGAGGGAGAUCAGAGGUUGUUAGUCUAUGAAUAUAUGCCCCUAGGUUGUUUGCAGGACCUUUUACAUGACAUCUACCCCGGCAGUGAGGUCCUCGACUGGAAUAGCAGGAUGAAGAUAGCAGCAGGGGCAGCAGAAGGGUUGGAGUAUUUGCAUACAAAGAUGUCACCACCAAUAAUAUACCGCGAUUUGAAGUGUUCCAACAUAUUGCUCGGGGAGGGAUAUCAUUCAAAACUAUCGGACUUUGGUUUAGCCAAGGAGGGGCCUUGUGGAGACAAAACUCAUGUUUCCACGAGAGUGAUGGGCACGUAUGGAUACUGUGCUCCUGAUUAUGCCAUGACUGGCCAACUCAACUUCAAGUCGGACAUCUAUAGCUUCGGUGUAGUUCUUUUGGAGAUCUUGACAGGAAGGAGAGCUGUCGACUAUACAAAAUCUGGUCCGGGGCAAAAUCUAGUUGAUUGGGCACGGCCGCUAUUCAAAGGGAAGAGGUUCCACGAGAUGGCAGAUCCGGCUCUGGAGGGGCACUAUCCGGUGAGGGGGUUGUACCAAGCCCUGGCCAUCUCUGCAAUGUGCAUCCAAGAGCAGCCUAACGUAAGGCCGAACAUUGGAGACAUCGUGAAGGCGCUCAAGUAUCUUGCUUCGCAGCAUUACGAUCAACAAAAUGCCAUCCCUUAUACGAGAAGGAACAAAUCUGUCACCGGAUACGAACAUGAAGCUGAGACCAUCACCAAACCGGAGGAAGAGUAAACUCUAGGUCGAGUUAGAGUUUGCUUAUCCUUCUCUGCAUCCCUUGUAGAGUUGGCUUGCAGCAAUAGCAACGGUGAAGGAGUCAUUUGCUUUUUACUCUUUUUUCCCCUUUUUUUCUUUUUUUUUCCCUUCCUUUUAACCUUUUUGUUCGUGUAGUAGGUCUCCUCAAUCAUCUCAGAUAUGAGUAUAAGAAAGUAAUGUUUCUCUCGAGAUUAAA